AUGUACGAGGAGACGGACGUCCUCGCCAACGUCGACCCGAUCCUCCAGGUCCUGUCGGCCAAGAAGGUCAACGCCGCCAACCAGGCCCAGGACCGCUACCGCCUCAUCCUCUCGGACGGCGACCACUUUGCCCAGGCCAUGCUCACCACGGGCUUGAACCACCUCGUCGCCGGCGACACGCCCAUCAUCGGCAAGAACGCCGUCGUCAAGCUCCAGACGUACGCCGUCAACGUCGUCCAGAACCGCCGCAUCAUCAUCGUCCUCGCCGUCGAGCUCGUCGACGACACCAUCCCCGACAAGAUUGGCUCGCCCACCUCGAUCGAGACGGCCGUCCAGGCCGGCGCCGCCGCACCGGGUGCCGCCGCCGCCGCCGCCGCCGCCGCGACGGCCGACGCGCCCAUGCGCGACGCCGUGUCCGAGUCGUCGUCGCGCGCCGCCGGUGGUGGACGCGGCGGUGACAGCAUCGCCAACGCGCCCGUCUACCCGAUCGAGAGCCUGAGCCCGUACCAGAACAAGUGGACGAUCCGCGCCCGCGUCACGAGCAAGUCGGACAUCCGCCACUGGUCCAACCAGCGCGGCGACGGCAAGCUGUUCAGCGUCAACCUUCUCGACGAGUCGGGCGAGAUCCGCGCGACGGGCUUCAACGAGGCGUGCGACAAGCUGUACCCGAUCCUCGAGGAGGGCAAGGUGUUCCGCAUCUCGAGGGCGCGCGUCAACAUCGCCAAGAAGCAGUUCAGCAACCUCGCCAACGAGUACGAGAUCACGUUCGAGAACAACACCGAGGUUGAGCCCGUCAACGAGGAGAAGGACGUCCCGCAGGUCCAGUUCAACUUUACGCAGCUCGCCGAGUUGACCAACAUCGACAAGGACGGUACGUGCGACGUGCUCGGCGUCGUGCAGGACAACGGCCAGGUGUCCGAGAUCACGGCCAAGGCGACGCAAAAGCAGAUCAAGAAGCGCGAGCUCACCAUCGUCGACCGGUCCCAGUACGCCGUGCGCGUCACACUGUGGGGCCGCCAGGCCGAGAGCUGGACCGAGCUCGACAAUGGCAUCGUCGCCAUCAAGGGCGUCAAGGUCGGCGACUUUGGCGGCAGGAGCCUGAGCGUGUCGGGCAGCUCGACCGUCGCCGUCGACCCCGACAUUCCCGAGGCCCACGAGCUGCGCGGAUGGUACGACACGGCGGGCGCCACCCAGUCGUUCCAGUCGUUCUCGUCGGGCGGUGCGGGCGCCGGCGCCGGCUCGUUCAAGUCCGACGCGUUCAAGGCGCUCAAGGACGUCGUCGACGAGAACCUCGGCAUGUCGGAAAAGCCCGACUACUUUUCGACGCGCGCGACCGUCAGCUACGUCAAGGGCGACAACCUGAGCUACCCGGCGUGCCCGACCGACCGCUGCAACAAGAAGAUGAGCCAGGAGGGCGACCGCCAGUGGAGGUGCGAGAAGUGCGAGAUGACGUACGAGGCGCCCCAGUACCGCUACAUCAUCUCGAUGUGCGUGAGCGACUACACGUCGCAGAUCUGGGUCUCCGGGUUCAACGAGGUCGGCGCCGACCUGUUUGGCAAGACGGCCGACGAGAUGCAGCAGCUCAAGGAGGACGACGACCCGCAGUACCAGGGCGCGAUCGCGAGCGCCGUCGGCAAGGCGUACAACCUCAACGUCAAGGCAAAGGCCGACUCGUUUGGCGACCAGACGAGGGUCCGGUACCAGAUCCAGCGCAUGGCGCCCGUCGACUGGGUCGAGGCCGCCAAGACGCUCGCGAGCCAGAUCGAGGCGUGGUGA